CAAUCCUUUUAAAGACUAGAAAACCAAGACUUACUGACUUAUCUGACAUCAGUACAGUGAGUUUCAUGGAGGUGAGAGUUAGACCUGAAGACUUCUGAAUUCCCGGUUCCAUGUUUUAAUUGGUACGAAUCAAAUGACAAAAUAUUGAUGUUUGUCAUUUGGGUGACAUUUUACAAAAAGUUAGUUUUGGAACUUGAUGGGUGACAACCCUCUUCACCCAAAAGAUAAUUUUAAAAUGGCUGAACUAUUUAUGGAGUGUGAAGAAGAAGAGCUGGAACCAUGGCAGAAGAAAGUAAAAGAAGUUGAGGGUGAUGAUGAUGAUGAUGAUGAUGAUGAGCCAAUUUUUGUUGGGGAGAUUGCAAGUUCAAAACCAGCCAUUUCAAAUAUUUUGAACAGAGUCAACCCCAGCUCAUCAACAAGAGGAAUACAGAAUGGUGCCACCAAUAGAGGUGCUGUAGCUUCAUUCAAGCCAAGCAGUCAACACUACAUGACUCCAACAUCCAAUCCUAUGGCAGCUUCACCAGUUUUUCAAUCUCUAUCAAGAUCUACAGUUAGUACUGUUACUCAGCCAUUGUCUAAACCUGGUCACAUAGUGAGCUCACCACAAGUUGUACCUAAUAAUUCUUCAGGGUUACUGUUUGACUUGAGACAAAACGCAGGAAUACCUCAGUACCAGGGUGGACCAACGCGCGCUUUAACAGGUCUAAAUGAAAGUUCCUUUGUAACAAAACGUCUCUCUACUUCUGAAGUAAACAGUGUUGCUUCAAAGAAAUCCAAGUCCAGUGAAGGUAUUGCUGGAACUCAUCCCUCAUCCCCAUUCUCUUCAGUAAAGUCACCAUCACAGAGUACACUUUCAAAAGGUACAAUUACUUCUGCUAAAAAUGGACCACCUUUCCCAAGAGCGUGUCCAAAGUGUAACAUUCAUUUUAAUCUGUUGGACCCUUUAAAAAAUCACAUGAAGUACUGUUGUCCAGAAAGGGUAAACAACUUCUUUUGGGGAUCUAAUAAAACAGAAUAUUCAAGUGCAACAAGUAAAAAUAAAAUUGCUGAUGCUGAUAAAGGAAAAUUGAUCAUGUUAGUUAAUGACUUUUAUUAUGGGAAACAUGAAGGAGAUAAUCUACAAGAACAGAAGACUCAUACAACCUUUAAAUGCUUCAGUUGCCUGAAAGUACUUAAAAAUAAUAUUAGGUUUAUGAACCACAUGAAACACCAUUUGGAACUUGAGAAACAGAGCAGUGAAAGCUGGGAAAACCACACGACUUGCCAACAUUGCUAUCGUCAAUUUCCCACACCUUUCCAGCUGCAAUGUCACAUUGAAAGUACACAUACCCCCCAUGAGUUUUCUACUAUUUGUAAAAUCUGUGAGUUAUCAUUUGAAACAGAGCAAGUUCUUUUACAACAUAUGAAGGACAAUCAUAAACCUGGUGAAAUGCCAUAUUUUUGUCAGGUGUGUAAUUAUAGAUCAUCAUCAUUUUCUGAUGUGGAAACACAUUUUAGAACUUCCCAUGAAAAUACGAAGAAUUUGCUUUGUCCAUUUUGCCUCAAAGUUAUUAAACUUGCAACACCAUACAUGCAUCAUUAUAUGAAACAUCAGAAAAAAGGAAUAUAUCGCUGUACAAAGUGCCGACUUCAAUUUUUGACUUGCAAAGAGAAAAUGGAUCAUAAGACUCAACAUCGAACCUUUAAAAAACCCAAACAAUUGGAAGGAUUGCCUCCUAGAACAAAAGUUACUAUCCGAGCUUCAGUUGGACCUCUUCAGGCAGGAGCAUCAACUGCACCUUCUAUUAGUGCAAGCACAUCUACCCUUCAGCUAUCUCCUCCACGAACUAAAAAUACAACUGCAAAAAAUACUACUGCAAAAAACACCACUGCAAAAAGUACCACUGCAAAAAAUAGUACACGAACUACUGCAACAAAAUCCAAAUCCAAACCGAAAACAUCUCAUGGGCAAAAUAAGCCAGGCCCUAAGGGCACAAAGAGAAAUAAAGUUAAUACAGCAUUGAGGAAUUUAAGGUUUCGUCGGGGAGUUCACAAGUGCAUUGAGUGUUAUUCGGAAAUAAAAGAUUUUGCAAACCAUUUUCCUACAUAUGUCCACUGUAGUUUAUGCAGAUACAACACUAGCAGUAGUAAAGCCUAUGUAAAUCACAUGAUGAGCUUUCACAGUGCUCGUGCAAGUAAAAGGUUUUGCAUUUUUAAGAAGCAUUCGGAAGACUUGAGGGGCAUUACUGUAGUGUGCCUUAAUUGUGAUUUCCUAACUGAUGUUUCUGGUAUAGAUAAUAUGGCCACACAUUUAAGUGAAAGUGACACUCACACAUGCCAAAUUAUCAAAGAAAAUACACCUGUUUCCAUCUCAAUUUCUGAACAAUAUUCAGAGUUAAAGAAUGAAAUAAUCGUUAUGGAAAAAGAAGCUACACCUGAGGUGCCAGGAAUAGGUAUUCCAACCUCAGGAGUUUCAACGGCUGGAUGUUUGAGUGAGAAGAACCCUGGAGGCCAGGAAUACAGGACGGGUAUGAUAGCCAGCCCAACAGCGAGGUCUCAAGGAACCUAGAGUGGUCAU